AUGGUCCAGAUCCGCGCACCGGCAUCGCCACCCUCCGCCCUCUACCAUCGACAAUUGCAGAUUCUCUUUCGCCAUCCUGGCUAUGAUGAUGGCAACAAUGUUCUCUUCAAGCUACAUGCUUCUGACAUCGACGACGAUGGGCAGCCUGGUCUCUAUGCUCAGCUUGCGCUUGAUGCCUGCACCAUAAUUGCUGGGAACUGCGCUAGUAAAUGCUGGCUGUCGUUGCUGCGAGACGGAAGCGCCCCCAUCGACCCGGCCAGCACGCUGCGCGGACGUAGCUACUACUUCCACCUCGACGGCGCCGAUGACGAUCCAUAUGCUAUUAUGGCACCCAAUGUGAACACCGCGUCGUCCGGCAUCACUUUCGCACCUUCAAACCUUACGAUCGCCCUGCACAUGCGCGACGGUUCAUGUCGCCUGAGUGGCUGUCGCGAGCAGCUGCAAGUCGCUCACGUCGUGCCUCAGGCCGAGCUCGACUGGUGGAGGGCCAACGAAAUGUCGCGGUAUAACACGGGCUCGACAUCUACACCUGACGACACGGCCAACGCGCUACUGCUGCGUGCCGAUCUGCACAUCGCUUUUGACAAGCCCCGUAUCGCCUUUGUUCCUAAGCCGACCGGCGACGGUGGUGGCAUGCGGCUCGUUGCACACUUGCUCGAGUAUUCGCCCGAGCUCGAGCAUCUCUACCACAACCGCGAAUUGCACCCUACGGCGGUGGGCGUUGAUAUGCUGUAUGCGCGCUUUGCAUGGUCCGUCUUCUCGCUGCUCGACGCAUUUCUCGAGUGCAAGACCGACCGACGCCUCGCCUUGCGCUCUUCCGACGCCUGCCUGGCAGAUGCUCGUGGCUUCGUAACCGCCGCCAACUGUGAGCUCUUCUCCGCUGCCGCAGUGAGGAAACGCUCGCAGAGCCCCAAGAAGCGCAAGCCCGAGCGUGACACGGUGCUUGAGCAUAACGAACCUCAGGACUUCAUCGCCUCGAGCCGCCGAAAACGUGAAUCUGUUGUUAAAGCUGAGACUCUCUCGCCCGAUGCCACUUCAAUGAAUCACGCCCGAUGCUAUCUGGCAUCUCCCACUCUCCGAACGCCCAUUCAACCGUCCACAGACUUGCCCCUCUCACCGCUCGAUUCCUGGUCGUCUUCCCACCCUCCGACACUGCCGCUUGCACAAGCCUGGCUCAACGCCGAACGCCAGCGUUCAGACCCUUACCGCAUGUGGGAUAAGGAGCGUGACUGGGCGCAGCACGUCUGGGACGGCAAGACACUGACAAGCAACGACGUGGGGCGGUGGUUCGAGGCCUGCGGGGUUGAGGUUAGGGAUAUCUGA